AUGGAACGGCGUGGCGGUGCCGUGGGUGUCCUGUUCCCAAUCGUCCUUCUGGGAGCUUGGCUUCUCAUCGGUGUUCCUCGCACCGGCACCGAGGCCAGCGAGCUGCGGGUACAGGACUACAGCCUACUCCAAGUAGCCAUCGGUGAAGAAGGUAGUGUACCCUGCGAAGAACCUCCGUUGCCAAGCGACGGCAAGGACGACGACUACGGCACGGAGCCAGUGGAUGACAGUGGCACGUUGAAGCUGUCACAGCUUGUGACGCGAAGUGAUGUGAUAUUCAAAGCGUUCGCCGGCCACGGGAACAACCUGCGGGAGGCCGGCGUGUUGAAUCGCUCCGAGGGGGCGGCCGAGGCAGCACACCGUCAGCAUCAUCAACCGCGGUGGAAAGCAUCAUCAUCAGCAUCAUCAACGGCGUCCGAUUUCAUCGUGCGCCUCGAGCCCGGUACCGUCUACAAAGGAAAUGAACUUUUCAAACAGUUGCAGCUGAACAGUUGGAAGCAUUAUUUCAUCAUUUGGAGCAAUGGCAGUGCGGAGUACUCGCCCCAACCAACAGCGGCCCGGCCCACGGCGAGUGCAUCGUUAGGUAACGUCCACGUACGCACCGGUAAACCAACUUACGCACAGCCAUCACCAAAACAGAACAUCCGCAGCAUGAACCGCAGCACCGCAAGAUUAAACUGCACAGCAGCCCGUGGGAGGCGCCGGCGAGACCAGUCGCAGCCAGCUCCGGCACGGUCGCUACCUCCGACGACGACGACGACGAGGACGACGACUGUGGGUAACCACUCAUCGAAGAACGUCCUCGAAGAUCCCGCUACUGGAGCGACGGCCGGACGUACGGUGGAGGAUGAUUCCGUCAAGCCGAAUGAUGCGCACAACCUUGAAGGCAACCGUGCGGAUGAUGGCUCCGCUGCCACCCACAGAGGGUGGCCCUCGUUUGCAAACGGACGUGUUAAUUUACCCGCCAGCCGGCGGACGGUUCAGGACGCCACGGAAGACGCCCGGACCGGCACCGAGGCCGGCCAGAUUAGCCGCACGCUAAACGAGAUACUGCCGGUUACAGUAAUCGUCUUCGGGCGGCUCGUCGGUGACCCGGGCGAAACGGAGCUGCGGGUCGACCCGUACAUGGGGCUGCUACGGUGGAGCCCGAGGCUCGAGGACGCCCUCUGGCAAGCGCUCGGGUGGAGCGAGUGGAGUGACUACACCGGCUGCAGUGUGGCUUGCGGCAAGGGCGUACAACAAAGGUUUCGCCACUGUUUGCAGUUCCCCGCCGACCCGGCAGCCGCCACCGCUACCCCCGGGAAGGUUGCUCAUCGGUCUCGCAACCCGUCACGUGGCGUGUACGCGCGAGAGCGCCAGCAGCAGCCAGCGAAAGGGUACGUAACGGCCACCGCAGCCGCAGGGGUGCCAACGUCUUCGAUCGGUGAACACCGCGGUCCGUCUGCGUCGCCGACACGUACGCAGCCAGUCACCUUUUACCACCAACCAGGCGCCUCCAUCCGGUCGACCGAUCACGACGCGUCACCGACCGCGAGUGGCGUGACGUCGAAAAGAAAGGUGAAAUCGAAACCGAAGAAGAACAAACCAUCUCCCCACGGGUGGGACGGAAAACCGGUAAUGGAUUUUCCGACGACUGCAUCGACACCUUUGGCGCCGCCCGGCGAGAGUGCAGCCCGGCAAAACAAUAGCCUUCCUCGCGACGACCUGGGGGGAGCUUCCUGCGAGGGGCACAACAUCGAGCAACGGAGCUGCAACCUGUUCGACUGCUCAGGCACUGUCGAUUUGCUGACGGCACUUAAACCUGACUACCACUGGAGAAACUGGGACGCGAGCUUCGACGAACGGAUCAACUACGAGAUCAACCAGCUGGAGCAAAACUUUACGCUGAUGGUCAGCUUUCGGUUUCUUCAUCCCCGACACGGCCACCACCGCAUGCAACGGGACUCCACUCGUGACCACCGGCUUGAGCAGCGUCCAGCCCAUUCCGCACCACCGGCACCGGAGCUAGAGCCCACGACGGACUCGCCACCGGCGGCUGCCGGAAGCAAUAACAAUAUCCUGUCGCUGCGCUCGAAGCUAACGACGGGCCCAAGUUUGUCGAUAAAUUUCGUGACAGAUGGUCACGGCGGGCUGCGGGUGAUCCAGGAGAAGUACGGCCUCUCCGAGAUGCUGCCCGUACCGGAAGCGGCCCUGUUCGACGGGGACUGGCACUCGUUAGCGCUAAGCGGACGGAACGGCGGGGGCUUUGUGACGGUCUACGCCGACUGCCAGUGGAUCAACUCGUUCGUCCUGGCGAAGGGCUCGAUCGAGCUGCCGCAGUAUCCGCUGGUCGAGGUGGGACACGAUAUCGAACUGCAUCAGCUGACGGUGGUCCCGGGAGCCAAAUCCACGAAACUGCAGUGCGGCUCACAGGCGGUCGCGAUCCGGGACGUCGAAAAUCGCCAGGUGAUAAACUAUUUCGAGCAUCUGAACUAGCACCGGGCGGCGGGCUCAGCGGGACGUUCCGAUGGUGGGCAGUUGGGUCUUUUGGCAGUGUUACUGCGAAGGACAGCAAACAAAUAAAUCGUCCAAAGAAAUGUGCAAAGGUGAAUUUUCGCGUCCCGUCCUUGGGUGGCGCGAAGGUGACCGAAGAAAAAUGGAAUCAGUAACGUACAGAAUCAAACCCCACCAAGGGGCCGAACGUCCACAGCGUAGCAGAGAAGAGGCGCAAAGUAUCGAAACAAACACACGAAACAACACGGGAACGGAAAACAAUAAAUACCAGGCAGGAAAUAUAUCGCUUACUGUUAAAUGAGAUGAAGAGAGGCCGGUCGAUGAACAGUGUAGCUAGCGUAGGAAAUAUUAGCGAAGGGAUUUGAAGGAUAAAAAUGGGAGAAACGAUUCUUUUUUUAUUUUAUGCCAGCUUUGCUGAGAUGCGUGAGAAGAUGCAGUGCUUUCGCAUUUAAAUAAAAGUACGAAGACAUAGUGUAAACCGAAAGCCACGAAAUAAAGAAAACAUUCCUAG